AUGGGCCAGUUCAUGGGCGGCAAUCAGGAAACCACUGUCUCUGGCGCAAAGUCAAAUGACGUGCCCAGUUUUGCUGCUCGUCCGCCUCGCAGCCAGAUCCCCAACUACAGCCACAUCCCUGACCUCGUCUCGCCAAUCUGGCCUACCGAUAGUUCUCUCGACAUGAAUAUCUAUGUCUCUCCUUCCAUCGCUGUGCCAAACCUCAAGACUCUCCCGUCUGGCUCACUUGUCUUGGAAGAGAGGAAUUUCACUCUCGGUAAUUACAGCGACACCAGGGAAAUUGAUACGACCAUUAAGGUUCCGAAGGAAGUUCAGCGCAACGGUACACUCUGGGCACACUUCUUUGUUGGGCUGAGUGGACAUCAACUUGAUCCUGCAGCAAAGGACUAUAGCACGGAUAGUGCAGUUCACUUCUAUCGCCCGUUGAACCAGUACCUCCCUAAGAAGAAGGCCAAGAAGCUCAAGAGCCUGCUUGCCUCUAACGACCAAGCUGCAGAGGAAGAUGUCGAUGACACCCCAAAUGUGUCAAUCGCGUCGUUUUAUCAUCCCAACUUCACAGUUUCUUUCAUUCCUGACUCCGGGGCCCAGAAGUAUCGUCAAGUUCAUCCUGCCAUCAGACACCACAUGCAGCUGGAAUCCAGCGGUGCGAGGGAUGCCACCGGACAGAACGGGUGGUACUACCCAAUUGUUUUCCUCAACACAUUCUGGCAGCUCAAGACCCAUAUGAUGGAGCUUAACUCGACUGUUGACACUGUCCCUUUGCGCAUCACCCUCAACAAUCUGCAAAAUUGGAAAUUCAACAUGAUGGCCAGUCUUGAUGCCAACGCUAAGGAGACCGCCCGGCAGGCUGCCUUUGGAAACGCUGCUCCGGGCGGCAGCGAUGGCUCCGAGUUUGAAAUGAUCAAGGAAGUACUAUUGGACACGAACAUCUGGCUUCUGGGAACCACUGGUGUGGUCACCAUUCUCCACAUGGUUUUCGAAACUCUCGCGUUUAAGAACGACAUUUCUCACUGGCGUAAGAAGAAGGAUGUCGUCGGCACUUCCGUCCGCACUAUCCUGGCCAAUGUGUUCAUGCAAGCUGUUAUCUUCCUCUAUCUGAUGGAUAACAGCGAGAAUACGUCCUGGAUGAUCCUUGCCAGUCAAGGCUUCGGUAUAUUGCUUGAGGCGUGGAAAAUUACGAAAACUGUAGACGUGCGCCUGCGCCCGCCGCCAGCUGGAUCGUUCUUUUCCUUCCUACCUUACGUGGUGGUCUUCGAGGACAAACAUAAGCUCAGCGAGACCGAGCAGAAGACGAAGGAAUAUGACGAGAUCGCGUUCCGUUACCUCUACAUCAUCGCCGUGCCUCUUCUCGCAGCAUACGCAGCCUACAGCCUGAUCUACAACACUCACAAGUCAUGGUAUUCCUAUGUCAUUGAGACCCUCGUUGGAAGCGUCUACGCGUACGGCUUCCUGAUGAUGGUUCCUAGUCUGUAUAUCAACUACAGACUGAAGUCUGUCGCUCACAUGCCCGGCAAGGCGCUGAUGUACAAGUUCCUCAAUACUUUUAUCGAUGACCUUUUCGCAUUCACUGUCAAGAUGCCAUGGCUUCAUAGACUCGCCACACUUAGAGACGAUGUGAUUUUCUUUGUCUGGCUUUACCAGGGCUGGAAGUACAAGGUCGACUACACACGUGUCAACGAGUUCGGCCAGGGAGGAGACAGUGAGGAUGAGGACGAAGCUGCCCCGGCUGAGAAGCCCAAGGUUGAAGCGUCAGCUACCGCAUCUGGCAACCAGAAGUCUAAGGAGGCGGCAAAGAAAAGAAAGUAG